GGUGUUUCCUUGGAGCUCCCACAGAUCCAGCUGGCUGGGAGUAGGAGGGUUUUGAUAACCUAUAUGUCACUAGUGUGAAGAAUACAGUGGCAGGACUACUGCACUCAUGUAAUCCAGAAGGAAAGACUGCUCCGACAGUGCCAAGCUGCAAGCAGGAGGCUGAUUGACAAGAUGAUUGCCCACUACAGCAUCAAUGCUACCCUGUCCCCUGAAAAGAAAAACAGCAUGUAUUUCAUAUCCCACCAGCCACUCAUUCCUGAAGACUCUGCUCAGCAAUGAUGAGAAGGAAGAUGGUGAUGAUGCUGAACCAUACAAAUGCUCUGUCUUGCAAACCAUCAUAGAAGAACAGAAAAUAACAGCAGUAAGUGUUGAAGAUGUCAAGCAUGCCCAGAUGAAGACCACAGAACAUCCAAAGAAGCUGGACAGUCUUCACUGGGGACUCAGCAUUAAGAGUGGACGAAACUAUUCUGCAGGACAUGAAGUGAAGGCAAUGUAUGUCAUUGAUAGACAGAAUGGGAUUCUGCCAACUCCAGGGAUGGAUCUAUUGGUUAUGAUACACAUUAGUACAAAUGACACUGCUUCAGAAGGAACUGUGCAGAUCAUUGAAGGCUUCAAGGAUCUUAGAAAGGAGCUGAAGAAGAGGAAAUUUUGGUUGAUUUUUUCUGAGAUCUUUCCUGCCCCAAGAAUGAGAGAAGAUAUACAGCAGAAGGUACGGGAGAUAAACGUUUGGCUAGGCAAGUGGUGUAAAGCAGAGUUUAUUGGAAUACUGACCAUCUUCUACGGGAAGAGGGGGUCUCGUACCACGUCCAUCUCUGUUGAAGAGAGGCCAGUCUUCUGUGUAACAUCAAACCAUGUAGCCAGGAGAGCUUUAAACUAGCUUCUAAAGGGGAAGGUGCUAAUGGUAAUUGUAUGGGCUACUGUGUAUGUUUAAACAUGUACCUUGAACUCAAAGUAGCAUGAAUGUAAAAGAAUCAAGGGAAGUAAAGAGAACACAAUCUUCAGUGGCCUACAUGCUAAUGCUGGAAGCCAGGAAUUACAAUUGCUCAUUUAUGAAAAGGAAUUUGAUGUGAAGCCUGGUGGGAGUCACAUGACUGGAAUGUUAAAAUCAUUGGAUACAUUCUAUUAAGGAACAAGAGAGUGGACAGAAGGAGAGGUGGGGGGAGGAAUCUAUAUUAAAAAUACCAUUACUUGCUGUAGAGUUAUUGAUAGUUCAGAAGGACAGGAAUAUUGAUGGAUCAAUGUACUAUCUGAUAACCUGCAAUCUCGGGUCUGCUAUAAACUACCAAAUCAGAAAAGGAAACAGCACAAUCAGCUUCUUAAACAGCUAUCUAUAAUGUGUAGAAAGAAGAAUUGCAUUAUGGAGGAUUUCAAUC